AUGGCGGCGGCACCGGCAGUCGCGGUUGCGACGACGGCGGAGGACGAGGCUCGCUUGCUGCGCCUGGAGGAGCAGGCGGAGCACGGCAGCGGGGGCACGGAGUACCUCUGCUGCUUGCGAUCAACCAACGCCCCCUCCUGUCCGUCGUAUCCUUUUCCUCCUGAUUUUCAAACCACCCCACCUCGACGCCACAAUCAUCGCCAGACGCCGUCAUUCUCGCUGGAUCCCACGGGCCGCCGCCGCGCGCGCCGCUCCCCAUCCCCGAACCCCGCAGCAGGAUCCAUGGCCCCCAGGCCAUCUCUUCGAGAAGCAGGUCGGGCUCGAGCUACCGCUGACGGAGGGUUGCGGCAACAACAACUUCUACGGCGACGAGAGACACGCUCAAGAACGAAGUCGGGUCCUGACUUCUUUGGUUGGCUAAAUGAUCUGGUUAGUACAUUUUUUGUGGUGCCACUCUUUCCACUUGAUAAAAGAAAGAACACGGCUGAGUUCCAAGCUGUGUCAGCAGCUAAGUUCGUAUAUGGCUGUGCUAUCGAUGCCGCGAUGUGGAAUCCCAAUUGCCUCUUCGAUUCUCUUCAAGCCGGCGUCAUGCUGCCAGAAAAGAGCAGAUACAAGAUGGAUGUCUGUGAUUUAGUAUAA